AUGCCCGAGUCAAAACCUAGCUCUGCUCCGAGCUCUAAACCUUCCUCCAUCAAGUCCACUGAUGGCGUAAAGAGGUCUCCCGGCCUUCGUCCUGAGGACGCUGAAGGCCCCUCGCCCGCUGGCAGCGACUACGGCAAGCCUUCGGAGAAGGCAUCUGUCAAAGAUCGCCUCACUCGCAUGUUCUCCUCCAAGGACACCUCUCGCGCUGCUACCCCGAGUGUCACUGCCAAUGGUGUCACCAAUGGCAGCGGCGAGGCCGGUGGCCGCUCUCGUGGAUCCUCCCUCAACGGCACCUCGGCUCCCAAGAUCGUCAAGGACGCCGCUACCGAUAAGCCGGCCGACAAGGACAAGCCUGCCCAAGCCCAAGUAAAGCCUUCCACUCCCAAGGAAGGCAGUACUCGCUUCAUGCCCAACCCCGACGUACAGGGCGCUCAUGAGCACUACCUCAAGUCCAGUCGUCGUCAGGAGAAGCUCUCCGACAUGUGGCGUAGUCUUAUUGGCAAAAAGGCUGAGCCAACCCCCGACAGCGAUCUUUCUCUCGUCUCCAACUGGGUCGACUCCUUGCGCCAGGAAAAGGAAAACGCUGCCAACGGUACCAAGCUCGGCGUAAACAGCGCGUCUACGACUCUCGUUGAAAAGUACGGCAAGUGCCAGGAGAUUGUCGGCCGCGGUGCCUUUGGUAUUGUCCGCAUCUCUCACAAGAAGCUUGGCGCCGGUGAGAAGCUCUUCGCCGUCAAGGAAUUCCGUCGACGCCCCGAAGAAACCGAGAAGAAGUACAGCAAACGUCUCACCGCCGAGUUUUGCAUUUCCUCGUCCCUCCGCCAUCCCAACGUCAUCCACACCCUUGACUUGCUUAAGGAUGCCAAAGGUGACUACUGCGAAGUCAUGGAAUUCUGCGCCGGAGGCGAUCUCUAUACUCUUAUUUUGUCUAGUGGCAAGCUCGAGGUCCAGGAAGCCGACUGCUUUUUCAAGCAAAUGAUGAGAGGUGUCGAGUAUCUUCACGAAAUGGGCGUAGCCCACCGUGAUCUCAAACCUGAGAACCUGCUCCUCACCACUCGAGGCGCUCUCAAAAUCACAGACUUUGGCAAUGGUGAGUGCUUCCGCAUGGCCUGGGAGACUGACGCGCACAUGGUCUCCGGUCUGUGCGGCUCUGCGCCUUAUAUUGCCCCCGAAGAAUACACCGACAAGGAAUUCGAUGCACGCGCCGUCGACGUUUGGGGCUGCGGUGUUAUUUACAUGGCCAUGCGUACUGGCCGUCAUCUCUGGCGCGUUGCCAAGAAGGAGGACGACGAGUUUUACGCUCGCUAUCUCGAGGGACGUCGCGACGAAGACGGCUACGGACCUAUUGAGUCUCUGCAUAGGGCUCGCUGUCGCAACGUCAUCUACUCUGUUCUCGAUCCUCAUCCCACAAGACGCCUAACAGCUGCGCAGGUGCUCAAGUCCGAAUGGGUGCGCGAGGUAAAACUUUGCAAGGCCGGCGAGGAGGGCCUCUAA